AACUAAAGAAAUAUAAGAACAAAGGAGCAUAACUUGUCUUUGUUUCAGAGUUUGUUAAUCUGGUCGAAAACUAUGAAGAAAUUUUGUUUUUUUUCGAUCCUUGUCUGCUUAAACGCAGCGUCUUUUCUAGUGGUAAGAAAAAAAGCUUUAAUCUUUGUUCUUUCUUACCAUCACUGAUGACAUAUCUGAUCUUCAAUUGACUUGGUUUGAUUUUUGUGAAGACUAUGUUUUCUGGGGUGGUCGUGAAGGUUACCAGACGCUCUUGAACACUGAUAUGGAAAGAGAACUUGAUCAUAUGGCCAGGUUCUUUGAAGCCGCUGUUGCUUAUAAGAAGAAGAUUGGUUUCAACGGCACGCUUUUGAUGAGGAGAGAGAGUACAGAUGUUGAAGCCUCAUAUCAGUGGAAUGGACACAGUCGCUCGUGGACUGAAAAAUGUAGCCAAGAUCUUGGAGAUCUGCACAAGUUGGAAGUUUUGGAGAAGCUUGAAGCAAAGCUUAAGGCUGAAGGGAAGGAAGAAGAGAAUGAAGAAGGAGAAGGUGAUGAUGAAUCUGAGGGGCACUAUCUUUCCCAAGAAACAGCACUCCCAUUUCCUCACACACAUCCUCUCUGCACCUCCUCCACUGCCGCCAAACACUUGACUCCACACAAACACAUCAUCUAG